AUACAGGCUAGGUGAUUGACUAAGCAACAAUCUAGCAACUGCAUCCCAGCAUCCUAGCAACCACAGAAAACACCAAAACAAUUGCAGAGCAACUCUCUGACAAUGCCUACAACACUUAGGUGACCAGUAAAAUGGUAACCAAUGCCCUGGCAACCACUCACGCCAUUUUAGAAACUGCAUAGCAACACUCUGGCAAAGAGCUCAUUUCUACUUAAGCGCGAUCAGAUGUGUGUUCCUGAACCUGUCUAGACAAAUCCAGCCUUUUGCUUUGUCUCUGAGAUAAGCGAUGAAGAGCUGAUGAGCUGGGUUGGGCUAGACUAAUGAUAAGGAAUCAGGAGAAUCAGGCACUUCAGCAACAGUUACUGAAGACAGACUAAUGCAAAACUACUGGAUUAAAAACAUUAACUAAGAAAUGUGAAGCAAUAUCUGAUAUGAUGGCGUCUCUUAACCAUUCCGCCUCAAGUCUGCCUUCCUGCACCUACAAGGAGGACUUCAAGCGCUUCCUCCUCCCCUCCGUCUACAGCCUGGUCUUCAUCCUUGGACUGCCGCUCAACUUCAUCAUCAUCCUGCGGAUAUGGGGCUCCCGACGCACUCUGACACGGACCAAAAUCUACAUGCUGAAUCUAGCCGUGGCAGACUUCCUGUACGUCUGUUCACUUCCGCUUCUCAUAUACAACUACGCCAGCAAAGACUACUGGCCAUUCGGUGACUUCACCUGCCGCUUGGUUCGCUUCCAGUUCUACAGCAACCUGCACGGAAGCAUCUUCUUCCUCACGUGCAUCAGCUUCCAGCGCUACAUGGGCAUCUGCCAUCCGCUGACGGUGUGGCCCAGACAAGGUGGAUGCAAGCUGGCGUGGUUGGUCUGCGCUGGCGUCUGGGUGGCUGUCGUGGUUCUUUGCGCUCCAACAUUCGAGUUCGCCGCCACCGGCAUCCAGCGCAACCGAACCGUGUGCUACGACCUCAGCGUUCCAGAGCGCUCCACAGCAUACUUCCCAUACGGCAUCACUUUGACCUGUCUGGGCUUCGUCGUGCCCUUUCUAGUGAUCGUGGUGCUGUACUGCAAAAUGGCUUGGGUUCUCUGGCAGGUCGGCGAAUUCAGAGAAGUUUCAGCCAUAGAGAAGAAGAAUAAAGCUGUGAAGAUGAUCAUCAUUGUGAUGCUGGUGUUCGCCAUCAGCUUCUUGCCCUUCCACGUGACAAAGACGCUCUACCUGCUGGUGAGGACCUUUCCCACGGCCCCCUGCGAACUGAGGAACCUGCUGUCUGUGGUCUACAAAUGCACCAGACCCUUCGCCAGCAUGAACAGCGUUCUGGACCCCAUUCUGUUCUACUUCACCCAGCCGCAGUACAGACGCAGCACCAGGAGUCUGCUGCUCAAGAUCACCUCGCUCAGAGACAAGACUAGCCAAAUCUGACUGUGGCACACCUGCUUUGGUCGAAAGUUUCUCAUAGUACAGUCAUAGACACUAAGCCACUACAGUCAUAACCAUUGAUUUUUAGGCUAAAGUUUACAAAUGAGUGCCUUCUGAAAGGGUCCCACCCUAGUGAAAGUUUUGUACCUUUAUUUCUGAGAAUGUAGUAAAAAAAAAAAAGAUUUCUGAGAAACGCUGUUGAUAGUUUAAAUCACUAAACAAACACUCCCCCAAUCAAAAGAAUCACACUUGUAUCUUGAUGGCUCCGCCCCCAAAUUCAUCAUCAUGCUGUGCUGCAUCAUCAGUGGAUACACCCCUUACUGGUGAUUGGCUACAAGUGUGUUUUGUCGCUUGAUCCCAUCAACUUUCCUCAGUGUUCCUAAGAAAUCACGUACUGCACCUUUAAGUGUUUAUUUCGACAUCUAUUUGUGUCUAUAAAUUUUAAUUACAGUUAAUAUCUCUAAAGGUUAUUUUCUCAAAAUGAUUUUUUUUUCAUAUAUACUGAACCAUAAAUCUCCACUUCAACAGUACAUCAAACUUUUGUUUUUACAGAAGGGUUUGUUCCAGGGUUAUUAUAGUUAACUAAAACAAAAACUGAAACCAUAAACAGUUUUGCUAGUUAAAAUAAAAUAAAUGCUAACUGAAAUAAAUGUUUUAUGUCAGCUAGUUGUGGAGGCAACAUUUAUCAUUUUCAUUUAGUUUAGCUUGAAGUACCAAAAUAACAAACUGAAUAAUAUAAUUAAAAAUAUUUACAAACAAUCAAUGAUGCUAAAAUAAAACCGGUUUAACUUUUUUUUCCUAAAAUCAUCGUAAACGUGUUUG